ACAAAGUUAACCGUCUUCAGUCUUUGCUGUGGGUUUACCUCGGACAGGAACACCGUACGGUUUGUUGAUGACAACCACAUCUUUGUCCCGGUACAGCACGGCUCUGUGGAGGUGUUUGGCCAGCACGUUUGGAUGGACGUUUUGUAGCUGCAGACUGAACCGUUUCAGCUCCGUCACCCUCUUCUGCUGACCGGACAGCUUCUCUGGCUCUGCCACCGGUGGCUUCGCCCUCUCCUGUUGGACCCUCCGCGCCAGGUCGAUCGCUCUCAGCCGGGGUUUCUCUCCCGUCUCGGGGCCCGGAGCGGGUUUAGCGGCAGAGGUCAGGCUCCGGCUGAGGGACGGUGCUGCCUGCGAGCACCGGCGGCAGUUUGUAUGCGGUUUGACCCGAGAGAAGACGAUGUUCAGCCCGGAUUUCAAGUCGCUACAGGAUAUUCUCCCACAGCUGUUCAUUGUGGAGUGAAGCUAGUGAAGACAGGUCACAUUAGCCUGAUAUACAAAAAUAAACUCCAGAGGGGACACGCGGUGUAAAACAACUUCCGGGUCGCACCUGUCAGAAUAAAAGCGUGCAGAUAUUUUCCUCACAACUAAAAACGCAAGACAGUUAAACAAUACAACAUUUUAACAGUUGUAAAAGUGAUUUUGGAUAAACCGACAUUCGUUUAGUCAAAUGAGGGCCAUUUGUGGACUCGUGGUUACUAUUGACUGGAUUAAAAAUCACAUAAAAUAACCUGAAAGUUUUGCUCACAUAAAAUGCGCUUUCACAAAAAAUAAGCAGUGAAAGAAACAAAUGUCUGACCUUCUGUACCAGUUGUACAUAAAUAACACAGUACACUGUGAAUGGAGCAACAAUUUCCUGUCGUGGUGUGUCGUGUUUCCUUCAUCUGACCAUAGGUGUGCUCGUUUGUCAUACCGCCACUGCCCGAACUUUGGUCAAAGCCACUGAAUGUAAUGGAGAUUGGAGAACACCGCCCACGUGGUAGAUAUUGAGACUAAAGCCGAGUGUAUCGUCGUCCUCCAAGUUGCUGUAUGGUUGCAUGUUGAUGUUGUUGUCGUUUUUCUGUAAAUAUAAGCAUUUGUUUGGCGUCAAGGGUCCUAAAUUAUGUUUCUUCAUGCAUUGCUCGACCAGACAAACAACAUAAAUGACUCGUAAGCGUCAUUAAACCAUAAACAGAGGGAGCUGAUUUGAAGGGACACCUUUUGGUGGCACAUAGUACUUUUUUUUUUAAAACACCGCAAACAUGAAGAUCACAGAUAGCGUGUUACGAAGUUUCAGGGUGGCCAGGACAUUUCGAGAAAAUUCCCAGAAAGUCAACUGUGUGGACUUCAGUCCAAAUGGAGAAAAUGCAGUAUCAAGCAGCGACGACGACUGCAUUGUGUUAUAUGACAUCCGGGAAGGAAAACCUAAAAGGACCCUGUUCAGCAAGAAGUAUGGUGUAGACCUCAUCCGGUACACACAUGGAGAUGCACAGACAGUGGUCUACAGCUCCAACAAACUGGAUGAUACCAUCCGAUACCUUUCGCUCACCGACAACAAGUACAUCCGAUAUUUUCCAGGUCACACUGCAAGAGUUGUUGCUCUCUCCAUGUCACCAGUGGAUGAAACAUUUAUCUCAGGCUCGUUGGAUAAGACGAUCCGGAUCUGGGACCUGCGCUCUCCGAACUGUCAAGGUUUGACUAAUCCACUGGGGAAACCUGUAUGUUCCUUUGACCCUGAUGGGCUGAUAUUUGCUGCCGGAGUGGAAUCACAGGCCAUUAAAUUAUACGACCUCCGUGCUUAUGACAAGGGUCCCUUUGCCUCCUUUGAAACAAGGUUUAACCGUGUCUGUGACUGGACUGGACUCAAGUUCAGUAACGAUGGGAAACAGAUUCUCAUAUCCACCAAUGGAGGGAUGAUUCGUGUCCUGAACGCUUUCAAUGGAUCUAUGUUGCACACUUUUUCUGGCUACAACAACAGUAAAGGCAUCUCCCUGGAGGCCUGCUUCACCCCUGACUCACAGUUUGUCAUGAUUGGCUCAGAGGACGGGAGAAUCCAUGUUUGGAGCACUGAGAGUGGGAUGAAGGUGGCUGUGCUGGACGGGAAACAUCCAGGACCCAUCAACACUCUGCAGUUUAACCCCAGAUACAUGACGUUUGCUAGUGCCUGCACGAACAUGCUGGUGCUAGAUUUAUACAGAGAGCCAGCGCAGAGCUGGGACAAGGACUACGAUCAGUUCCUGCUUCCUCUGCUCAUGCCUCAGGAACCCUGCUACAUCCUGUACCGUCUGGACUCCAGGAACGCACAAGGAUACGAGUGGAUCUUCAUCGCCUGGUCACCUGACCAAUCACCAGUGAGACUGAAGAUGGUGUACGCAGCCACCCGUGCCACACUGAAGAAGGAGUUUGGAGGAGGUCACAUUAAAGAUGAAAUGUUUGGCACAGUGGAGGAUGACCUGUGCUUCCAGGGAUACCUGCGGCACAUGUCCUCCUGCUCCUCCCCAGCUCCACUCACAGCUGCUGAGCAGGAAUUACAACGAAUCAAAGUCACAGAGGAGAAGGUUGUAUGGGAUGAACGCAGACGAAUUGGGACUCCAACAGCACGUGCAAGGGUUACAAUGGAGUUUGGCAUAGACAAAAGGGCACAGACUCUUCAAGGUCUUGCAUUCCCUUUACAAGAAGAGGCCAAACGAGCUCUGCAGCAACUCAAGCAGAGACGCAUCAACUACAUACAGCUACGGCUGGAUGUAGAGAAAGAGACCAUUGAGCUGGUUCACACCAAACCUACAGAGACCCAUGAGCUUCCCUACAGGAUUCCUACAGAUUCCCCCAGAUACCACUUCUUCAUCUUCAGACAUUCCCACCAGGGCCAGCGGCAGGAGGCGCUGGUAUUCAUAUAUUCGAUGCCUGGGUACACCUGUAGUAUCAAGGAACGGAUGUUGUAUUCCAGCUGUAAGAACAGGCUACUGGAUGAGGUAGAGAGAGACUACCAGCUGGAGGUCACCAAAAAGAUGGAGAUAGACAACGGUGACGGCCUGACAGAAGACUUUCUGUACGAGGAGGUCCACCCGAUGGAGCACACCUUAAAGCAGGCCUUCGCCAAGCCCCGCGGACCAGGAGGGAAGAGGGGCAACAAACGCCUCAUCAAGGGUGAAGGGGAGAACGGGGAAGACAGUUAGGCAUGCACACACGUGAGACAUUAUACACAAGUACACAAGCAAACGCCACAAUAUCUAUGAAUUGACUUGUUAUUUGACUGUUUAGCUUCUAGCCAUUUCUUCUUUUUACUUUGGCAUACUGCACAUUUCACACUGAAAAAAGGAACACAUAGAUCCAUGAUAAAGCAGAUUCCAUAUCCAUUUUCCUGCGGCAAAAGAAAUUUUCUAAAUAUAAACAUUUUUCUGAAAGUGUUCAGAUUCUAAAUUCCCUGAAAAGUAGACUGCUUUGUUCACAAGAGCACUGUUGGUAGGUUGAGUGUAACUAUCUUAUGGUUCAUUCAAAUUAAAUGUCAUUGUACAUGAAAACGUUUUAAAUUCAUGAUUAAGUGUCAGUAUUUUGAGGUAGGCCUACUGCAGAUAAUUAUAAUGUACACUACUUACUCAGUGUGUCAGUCGGUACAAAAUAUUGUCUAGCCAAAUGUUUUUUCAAACACACAGAAGGUUUUUGUUUUUCAUUUUUUCAUUUGCUGUGGAGAUCCAAAGCUUUUCAUAGAUACCAAAUAUGUAAGGCUGAACUUGGGGGGAAAGUGUAUAAAAUGAUGCACAAAACAUUUAGAAUAUUUCCAUUUCAUCUAAUGGUGAAAAAACACAGUCUAAGAGUGUGAGGUUUGAAUAUGACUCUGUAAACAUGAAUAUAGUUUCAAAAAAGAGUUUGAACAAGCUGAUACACAAUGAAUAUGAUACUGUCUGUCUGACAGUGUGGAAUAUGACAUUUGGGUCUUGCUGAGGGUUACCACUCUCAUGUCUGCAUGUUAAAUAUGAAGCUACAGCCAGCAGGUGAUUAGCUUGGCUUAGCUUAGCAUAAAGACUGGAAACAGGGGCAAACAGUUAGCUUUGGCCAAAGGUAACAAAAUCAACCUACCAGCACCUCUAAAGCUCACAGAUUAACACAUUCUCAUUUGUUCAAUCCAUACAAGUGUGAAAACAACAACUUAAAGUGUUAUGGGUGGUUAUGAGCCAGACACCUUUUCGGCUGGAGGCAGUGAAUUCCUUGUGUUUGUUCGUCACUGAGGUUGCCAGGCAGCUAGCGGGAUAGUUCGGAUAAAAACUGGAUUUUAAAGGCUUAAAAUGUUUUUUUAUAUUUCUGUCCAAGUUGAAGGCAACUUUUCCAAUCUGAUUUGCCUUUUUAUGUAUGUGCGCUCCACUUAAGGAAAUUAUUGUAGCUGCUUAAUUUCUUUUGAUCGCUUCACUAAUAUUGAUCCAGCUUUUUUAUAGCCAUUUGGGAAAUGGCUAUGAAAUUCCUGCUUUGGGAUGGAUUCUCCUUUACAUUGCCUAGGUAUGGGCAGCCUAUGCUUUGCCCAUGGUUCCCUCUUCAACACAUGCAAAUUCAUCCACAUCACAUGUACAGUUGCCUUCUUUAGUCACCUAAGCAGGGUUUGACUAUACUCAACUGAAGGCUGUUGUUUUACAUGACCUACAAUAAAAUAUUUUCUUUA